AGGGUUUCAGUCUUUGCCGCCGCUCAUCCCUCUCUCUCAAUCUCAUAGUCCAAUUCCAUCUUUCUCGCCGUCGCCCGUCACCCGUCACCGGUCAUCGGUCACCGGUCGCCGGUCGCCGCCGUCAGCUCUCUUUCUUCGCCUCAUUCAGUCACACGAGUUCUUGCAUCUGAGUUGUGAUUGUUUCAGACAUGGAAGUUGCGGUCGAAGCGGCUCAGGAACUCACCGAGUCUCACCACGAUGUGAAGCUUUUCAACCGCUGGACCUUUGAUGAUGUCCAGGUUAACGACAUCUCUCUGGUGGAUUAUGUUGGAGUUGCACCUGCCAAGCAUGCAACUUAUGUUCCACACACUGCAGGUCGUUACUCUGUGAAGCGUUUCAGGAAGGCCCAAUGCCCAAUUGUGGAGAGACUUACAAACUCGCUUAUGAUGCACGGUAGGAACAACGGGAAGAAAUUAAUGGCUGUGAGGAUCAUCAAGCAUGCAAUGGAGAUUAUUCAUCUACUAACUGAUCUUAAUCCAAUUCAAGUUAUCAUCGAUGCUGUUGUUAACAGUGGACCCCGAGAAGAUGCUACUAGAAUUGGUUCAGCUGGUGUCGUCAGGCGUCAAGCUGUAGAUAUAUCCCCGCUGCGACGAGUAAACCAGGCAAUAUAUCUUCUCACAACCGGCGCUCGUGAGGCUGCCUUCAGAAACAUCAAGACGAUUGCAGAAUGUUUGGCUGAUGAACUAAUCAAUGCUGCAAAGGGCUCUUCAAAUAGUUAUGCCAUCAAGAAAAAAGAUGAGAUUGAGAGAGUUGCAAAGGCCAAUCGUUAAGGAUAAUUGGAGGGAAAAAGAUGAGUUAUGUUUUUUUUUUUUUUGCUCUUUCCCAAGUUUUACAGACAUGGUUGUCGUCAAUGUUUUGCUUCGUUUUCCUAGCGACGAAACUUUCAUCCAAUACUUGAUUAAGGAUUAAGAAUUAAGAGCAUUGAUAUUGAUAUUAGUUUAUAUUCAAUUUUGAGUAAAUUGCUGAAGUUUAUUUGCGUUUA